GGACACAUCGUUGAAAUUAUCCAUCACUAACGGCUUCUACUUUUUUUAUCGAGUUAUAAAUGCAUUUACUAGCAGGAAGAAAGUGAUUAAUAUGUAUUAAAUGGCAACUGACUCCGAGCAUAGCAUGUCAGCGGCAGUCGAAAUUUCCACUGGCUGCUGAAAGGUAGACUUAAGACUCGCGCCACACAGCGUCGUGGUCAAGUGCAGCUAACUAUCGGGAUGAACUCUUGCAGCGACAGUAGCAACGAGUCGAUGGAGCGGAAUGUGAAUCACGUGGCGUCGGGCGCCCACUCGGAGCUGCACAUGAACUUUGGCGCUGCGUGCAAGCCCGCUUCGCAGGAGCGCUACGUCUGGGAGAUGCGCACACGUAGCCCAAAUGUGACGCCAGCCAGCACUGUGUUGAACUCGCCAGAUCUGAAUGCUGAGCUGCAGUAUGCGCCGAUGCAUCAUCACCAGGCAUUCGAGCGGGUAUCGCCGCCCCAUCAGCUGCCCGGCUACAUGGGCUCACAGCACCAACAACAGCAACAACAACAACAACAGCAGCAGCAAUCGGGCUACUAUUACCAGCGUCCGCAUCCGCACCAGAUACGCCUGGGUCGCAGCCCGGGCAGCAGCCAGUUUGAGGCGGAGGGCAUAGCGAGUCCCGGCUCGCCAACCGACGUGGGAAAGGCCGAUGGGCAGUGCUUGCGCGAUGGCGAAAUCGUUGUGUUUGACGACAUCGACACAAACUGGAUGAAUAAGUCGGCGGCACUGACAGCCGCAGAAAGGGACAGCAACGAGGAUGUUCUGAAGGUCACCAAGAUGAUUGGGCAGCUGCCCAUAGCCGAAUAUGAGGGCUCCCCGCGUCGUUUUGGCAACCAGCAAGUGGCUGCCAAGGGCGCUUGCUGUCCGCGACGACCGCCUGGUUUUCCGCAACGUGUCUCACCUACGAAGCAACGCUUGGAUAACAACGUUAAGACAUCCGUUGGCAAUCUAAUUGAUCUGAUAGACCACGAGGGCACGUCCGCAACGGCAGCCUCGAAGACGCCCACUUUUGAUUAUCUGUACGAGUUCUCGGAGACUCGCAAAGUGCUCGAGGAGUUCUUCAAGGGCAAUCCCGACGACGACGAGAAGCGCUUCACGGACUACACUACGGAAAGUGGAGACGAUGUGGCCAGUUCGGACAUACAGCCGCGUGUGUGCGAAGUGGACAAACAUAUCGAGCAAGCCUACAUAGGCCAGCGUCUAGCUAGAAUACCCAAAGACGAACUCUACAUGGUCCAUCGUUCGCCCAGGAUGCAGGCGAGCGAGCACAAUGCCUACCAGGAGCACAACGACAUCGAGCUGUACAUCGAUUCGAACAGUCGCAGCAGCGGCGACCUGGCCGACACUGAGCUGGAGGCGAAUCUGCGGCGGCAUUCGCGUAAUUUUACGCUGUCCCCGGAGACGACAGACUACGACUCGAACUGCGGCGAUCUGGACAGCCUAUCGAACGAUAUCAACUGCACCACAACCGACUAUGGCAAGCUCUACACCAGCAUGCCGGUGCUGGAGGAUGGUCUCAGCAGUGGCCAUGCUUCGGACACCGAGAACAAUGUCUCUGUCGUCUGCGACAAGGCGCCGCAGCAGCCUCAAACACAGCUGCUGCCACAACAACAGCAGCAGCAGCAGCUGCUGCAGCAUCCGCAAAUCAAACCUGAGCACGAGCACAAUGGCAACGGCGACAGCGAGCGACUGCCGAUCGAACACAACAGCAUCGCACUGACCGAGACGGCUGCAGCAGCAGCAGAUAUCACGCAGCCGAUCGAGUUCGCAGCAGCGCUGUCAGCGCAAACGCCGCUGCCUACGUCGCCAACGGCCACUCCACCGCUGGAGCAAUGCGAAGAGGAGCCGCAGCUGAACGAUGGCAAUAAUGCUGAUAGCGACAAUCCCGCAGACUCGCAUUACGGUCCAGUCUAUGCAGCAGCUCUGGCAUCAACAGCCGCCGCGACUGCGAAUGCGACCGCGACUGUGACAGCCGGCAAUAAGCCAGCAGCAAUCGCACCGCCAGUCGAGAUACAAGAGGCCAUGAAAGAGAUUCGUUCGGCCCUGCAGCGCGCCAAGGCGCAGCCGGACAAACUGAAGUUCUGCGAUGAAGUGCUGCCCGCGGAUCCGGACUCGCCGGUAUGGGUGCCGCGCAAGGGCGCCACGACGGUAACAGCUGGACGCCACGAAGAUGAGGAAGCCGACACAGAUCUCGAAACGGAUCGGCUGCUAGGCGAGAAGGACUUCUUUGCCGAACAGACAUUGGCCCUUGCUGGAGCCGCCGACAGCAAUGCCAACGGCCUGAUCAAUACCAACAGCAGCAGCCUGAAUAUCAGCGACAACAACAGCAAUCCCAAGCCGCAAACGUACUCGUCGGCCACCAUACGGCAGGGCAUUGGCACCUCGCUGACGCCCAACUCCCCGGACAUUUGCCAGAUUGUGGGCAAUGCGGAUGUUUCGAUCAGUUCGCCGGAGAAACUGCAAUACACAAAGAGCCCAACGGGAUCCAUCAAAUCGCUGAAAGACUCGGCCAACUGCGACAAGAAAACCCAUUCGCGAAAUAAGGAAGGUUUCUUGGAACCCAAAGUGCUUAUUGAGGGCGUACUUUUUCGGGCCCGCUACCUGGGCUCCACGCAGCUGGUGUGCGAGGGUCAGCCGACCAAGUCGACGCGCAUGAUGCAAGCCGAGGAGGCCGUCUCCCGCAUCAAGGCUUUGGCGCCAGAGGGCGAAAGUCAGCCGAGCACCGAAGUGGAUCUGUUCAUAUCAACCGAGAAGAUAAUGGUGCUCAACACGGACCUCAAGGAGAUCAUGAUGGACCACGCCCUGCGCACCAUCUCCUACAUAGCCGACAUUGGCGACCUGGUAGUGCUGAUGGCGCGGCGCCGCUUUAUACCCAAUGGCGGUGGCGUUGUCGUUGACUCGCUGUCAACCUCGAGCCCGGGAGAGACCAUCGAGGGUGAGUCGCUGAAGGAGAGCAGCGGCAGUAACAAGGAGAGCAGCUCGUCGAAUAAGCACAAUCGCACGCCCAAAAUGAUAUGCCAUGUAUUUGAGAGCGACGAGGCGCAGUUUAUAGCGCAGUCCAUCGGGCAGGCGUUUCAGGUGGCCUACAUGGAGUUCUUGAAAGCGAACGGCAUCGAAAACGAGAACUUGGCCAAGGAAAUGGACUACCAGGAGGUGCUCAACAGCCAGGAGAUAUUCGGCGACGAACUGGAGAUAUUCGCCAAAAAGGAGCUGCAGAAGGAAGUUGUGGUGCCCAAGGCGAAGGGCGAAAUUCUGGGCGUUGUUAUUGUGGAGAGUGGCUGGGGCUCGAUGCUGCCAACGGUGGUUAUUGCCAAUCUGAUGUCCGGCGGUGCAGCCGCUCGCUGCGGCCAGCUGAACAUUGGCGAUCAGCUAAUCGCCAUUAACGGCAUGAGUCUUGUCGGUCUGCCGCUAUCCACCUGCCAGACCUACAUACGCAAUGCCAAGAAUCAAACUGCCGUCAAGUUUACCGUAGUGCCCUGUCCGCCUGUCGUUGAGGUGAAGAUCCUGCGUCCCAAGGCGCUCUUUCAGCUCGGCUUCAGCGUGCAAAACGGUGUGAUUUGCAGCCUGUUGCGUGGCGGCAUCGCAGAGCGCGGCGGUGUACGAGUUGGCCAUCGCAUCAUUGAGAUUAACAAUCAAAGUGUGGUUGCUGUGCCCCACGAUACCAUCGUCAAGUUGUUGUCCUCAUCUGUGGGCGAGAUUUUGAUGAAAACUAUGCCUACGUCCAUGUUUCGUCUGCUAACCGGCCAGGAGACGCCAAUUUAUAUCUAACUCAAGCGUUAUAUUAUUAUGCUUAUGCACCUCUCAGCACAGACACACACACACACACACACACACACACACAGAUACUGACAGAGAUACACUAAGAUAACUCGUCGUAUGUCUGUUGUCCAACAUGCUUCAAUUGAAUUAUCUGAACGUACUUUCAUUUACCCAAGCACCACAAAUAACACUCAAUCAACCGAAGCCGCAAUUACAAACAGGAACUAGCCAUACUCAACCCAGUAAUACUAAGCACUCGCUUAAGACUUGCUUUGUAUUUCCAGUUUUGUUUCAAUGUUUUGAUUUGUUCUCGAUGUACAUGAAAAAGACUGAAUUUUGUGUUUUGCGUACAUGUGUGAGAGUGAGUGUGUGUAUAUAUGUGUGUGUGUGUUGCUUAAGGCAUACAUAUAGUAAACAUUGUUUAUAUACAAAAUACUCGAGUUUUGAGUGUUUAAAGACAUUAAGAGCCACAGUUGGAAGCAGCAAAAGCGAUAUUAAGAAAGAGAUGGAGAGAACGAGCCGGAGAGCGAAAGGGAGACAGAAAGCGUGCGUGUGUGCGAGUAGGAUGGAGGCAAUACUCUAAAAGGAUUUAUUUUCGUUGCCAAUGCGAUAGACAGCAAUAAUUUAUAAUUUAAUUAUUUAGUAUUGAUUAGGUUUAUUAACUACAUUUAUAAUUUGCAGUAAUGCCAAAUAUCAAAUAUGAGCUGAGAUUUCGUUGAAUUGUUUUCGUCAUUUAUAUGGAUAUUAUUUUUUGUAUAUGUAUAUGUAUAUGAUUAACACAUUAUUGUACUGUGCGUAUUGAAUGUCAAGAAUACUUAAUAUAGCUUAAGUAAGAUGCCUGGUUAACAACAACUAACAAACAACAAACAGUAAGCCGUAAGCCGUAAGCCGUAAGCCGUAAGCCGUGAACAGUAAACAGUAAAAUUUAAAGAGUAAACAAAACAAAAUGCAUUUAAUUUAGCGUCGUCAAAACAAAUGUGUAUAAUUACAAUAAAAGUGCUUUGCGAAAUGUGCACUAAUUAUCAAUGGAUGCCAUUUGAAAUGUAACAGAAAUAGGUGAGCCACUGAGCAAUAAAAUAUAAAUAACAAUAAAAGCAAAUAACAACAGUAAUAUCAAGAACAAUAAGGUGUGCAUUGAAUUAUUUGUGUUAAGCUACGAAAUAGUAAACGAAAACUUAUAUUAAAGAGAGCUUAUUUUUGCUAUAAUUGUCAAACAGCACCAGAAGGCAAAGUUAAACGCGACUUUAUAAGUACAUGCAUAUGAAUAUAUAUAUAAAUAUUAAACAAUUGAAAAGCAAAGCAAACGGCAUGCGACUGAGCAUGCAUGUAAUUAUUAAUUAAUACAAAGCGGAUGGCAAGUUGAGAAUAUUUCAGAUAUUGCUAAAUGUGCAGGUAAUCACAAGUUCACAUGUAUACAACAAAAUAUACAUACAUACGUAUUCAUUAACAAUUAUAAAUACUAUAUAUGUAACUAAUCGUUCGCAAUGGCAUUAUUUUUGCAACAAACACACAGAGCCGGCGGCGAGCAAGCAAGUUAAAUAAAUAAUAAAUUUAUAUAGUUACAAUUAACAGAUAGCUCAUGUAUACAGACGUUAAUGAAACUCUAUUGCUAAACGCCUAAACUAAUUAACUAUCACAUUGUAUACUAUCUAAUACUAUUUAUUUAUUAACAUCAGAUCGAAUACAAAACGAAAAGCAAAUCGAGUCCAUCAACAAAACAUUUCGAAUUCGAUCCGAGGGCCAUUCAGGUGAAGCGCAGCUUAUUUUGCCAUUAAAAAAAAUA